AGUUUUAUAAAAUGGCGUCGCCGGUGACAAGUCUGUGUUUUAUGCUCAACUUUAUGAUAAUUUUACUUCAAGUUUUAGCUGGGAGAGAUUUCUACAACAUACUAAAUGUUCCUCGGUCUGCUGACACGUACCAGAUAAAAAGGGCCUACAGAAAAUUAGCAAAAGAAUUACAUCCAGACAAAAAUAAAGAUGAUCCCGAUGCGCAGGAACGCUUUGCUACACUUGGGGCUGCGUAUGAGGUUCUGUCAGAUCCUGAGAAAAGAAAGAUCUAUGAUAAACAUGGUGAAGAAGGUUUAAAGCAGGGUGAUAUGAGAGGUGAUCCUUUCUCUAGUUUUUUUGGAGACUUUGGUGGUUUUGGCUUUGGUAAUAUGAAAGAACAGGACAGAGAAAUUCCCCGAGGUGGUGAUGUGGUGCUGGAUCUAGAUGUGACAUUGGAAGAGAUGUACAAUGGAAACUUUGUUGAGGUAUUACGGUAUAAACCAGUUGCCAAGCCAGCAAAGGGCAAGAGGAAAUGCAACUGUCGCAUGGAGAUGGUAACCCAACAGCUGGGCCCAGGCAGGUUUUCUAUGACCCAACAACAAGUCUGCGAUGAGUGCCCUAAUAUCAAAUUUGUUCCUGAGGAAAAGGUUUUAGAAAUUGAGAUAGAGCCUGGCAUGAGAGAUGGACAAGAAUAUCCAUUUGUUGCUGAGGGUGAGCCCCACACUGAUGGUGAACCAGGUGACUUGAGAUUUAGAAUACGACAAGUCAAACACCCCAGAUUUGAGCGCAGAGGUGAUGACCUCUACACAAAUGUCACCGUGUCCUUAACAGAAGCAUUGACUGGCUUUGAAAUGGAUAUCAAGCAUUUAGACGAGCACAAGGUGCAUGUUGUGAGGGAUAAAAUUACUUGGCCUGGAGCGAGGAUGAGAAAGCCAAAUGAAGGAAUGCCAAAUUAUGAAAACAAUAAUGUGAAAGGAUCUCUUUAUAUUACAUUUGAUAUUGAAUUUCCUAAAGGAGGAUUUACUGAUGAAGAAAAAGAGCAACUCAAAAGUGUGCUGAAACAACAGAGCAAGCAGCAUGUGUAUAAUGGACUACAAGGAUUUUAACUGUAGUAGACAUUAGUUACCAGCUGUACAUACAAACUUUAGGGGAUGUGUGGUGGGAUAGAGUCCACAUUUUAAACUGGUGAUAUCCUCAGUUCACUUCUUCAUUUCUUUACUGCACCAAAACCAAAAGGAUCAUGUUUUCAUAUUGCCUUGCUUUUUCCAAUUGAUGAGUGCCCGUAAUGGGAAUGGUAACAGAAACUACGAACAUUGCUUGUCAAGGAUUGAUAGAACAUUUUGUCAAGAUGUAUUUUGUUUUACUUUAUACUCCAUAUUCCAUUUAAUUCUGUUUUUUUUUUUUUUUCUAUUGUUGAAUUAUUUUUAAAGACUGAAAUUGGGUUGUUAAUUAUAGCAUUAGCAUGAAUAUUAUAAAUUAUUUUUAGUGCAAAAUGUUUAUUUACCUCAGACAUACAGUGGUGGAAAAAAAUUAGUUUCCAUUAUCAUACUGUAAAACAAGAAUUGUUCGGGAAAUUUUAUUAUGACUUGUUGCUGGGUUUAAUGACAUCUAAUAUCUGCUUGGCUAUAUUGUUUUGUGCUUAAUUAUUUUAUUUUGAUCACUUGUUAUCUGGCUGUUGUAUCAUCUAAAUUUCUCAUUUGAUUCCAAUUCUGAAAUUAUUUUCCACAAAAUUCAAGUGUAUUUUUUUUUUAAGUUUAAAUUUUCAUACCACCUUAUAAUGCUGUACAUGUUAUUUAGAGUGAUUUUAAAAAAAAAAUCUGUUUUAUUGUGUGUAUUUAAAAAACCACGGCUUUUUUAAACUUUAGGAUUAUGUUAUUUGGGUAAUUGGUUAGGGUUAUCUGAGAUGUGCCAAGAAUGGUUUGAUAAGUAUUUGGUUUGUGAUGUUAACAUAGUGUUAAUCUAGUUGACACACCCCACCGUACUUGGUGACUUUGUGUCCAUUUCACCCGCUGAAUGUAUAAUGUGGGUUAUUUUUAGCUGGACAUGUAGAUAAAAUAAACUGGUAUAUUUUCUAUGACCAUAUAACUAUGUGUAUGACUUGUGGAAGCUGGUUUUUGAUGCUCAGUGUACAAAUUAUCAUUGUUUGAUAGUGUAACUUGUUUAUUCUGAUUUGUGAAACUGUUGUUUAUCAGUGAUUAGAGACUACUGUCAUUUAAUUUUAAAACUGCUAAAUGACUGACAUAUUAGUGGUGAAUAAAUUAAUCAGUAAAAAAUGUUUGGUUGCAAAAAAAACAGUUAAUAGUUAAAAAAUUUAUAUUGCUAAGUAUUGACAUUUUCAAUUGUG